UGUCCAUUUACUCCCGCUGCCCUGCCUCGUAGGCUCGUACUGACUCCCCAGGCAUGCAGAUAAAUGUGAAUGUACCGCAACUUGACGCGACCCUUGCCUACCACCGAAUAACUGCCCGCCCUCCAUGUCCCCGGUACAGCCACCAUCCCGGCAUCCUCUUUCCAUUUCUCGCACUUGCACCCGCCCGGCGUCCCAGCUACCUGACUUUUGAGUACCUAGUCACCUAGUGCCAGUGUACACCACACCACACCACACCCCUUCGCUGUCACUCCUUCUUUCCCCGGCUCUCCCUCCUCGUCUUCCUUCUCCCUCCAACGUCCCUGUUCAUCUCCUUUCCUUACUCCUCCAACCUUCGUUUUGCCUGUUUACAGAAACCAACAACACCGACAACUUCCAGCAGCGAUUUUCGACAGCUGGCACUUCCACGACUCUUCGCCCAUUCUUCUCGUUCGACCUAUUUCGAAAUACUCGCAUGAUACGACCCUAGUCCGAUCGCGCCGCACCGAAGGGAAUUGACUUUCCUUCUCAAUUUCCCGUCCCGUUUCUCCCCUCUCAACCAGUCGCUCGCUUCAAAUCAACGCAAACGUCACUCGACGAUAACCACCAUGAAAUUCUCUUCCGUCGCCCGCGCUGCGACAGCGCUCCUCGUCUCGAGCGGUUUCGCCAGCGCUGCAUACUCCAUCGCUUCUGACGAUGACAUCAAGGCCACCACAAAAGGACUCGCCUACGACCUCAUGAGCUUCUACGAUGGCAACUUGACCGGCCACACGCCCGGUAUUUUGCCUGGUCCUCCGCCAGCGGGUGAUUACUACUGGUGGGAAGCUGGUGCCAUGUGGGGAACUAUGAUCGACUACUGGCACUUGACUGGCGAUUCGACCUACAACGACGUUGUCAUGCAGGCCAUGCUUCACCAGGUCGGACCCGACCGCGACUACAUGCCUCCUAAUUACACUGCCUCGCUGGGUAACGACGACCAAGGUUUCUGGGGCAUGUCUGCCAUGACUGCCGCCGAGGACGGUUUCCCUAACCCACCCGAGGAUGAGGCGCAAUGGCUGGCUCUCGCCCAAGCUGUCUUCAACACCAUGGCCAGUCCCGACAGACACGAUAACACGUGCGGAGGCGGUCUCCGCUGGCAAAUUCCUCUCUCUAACAACGGUUACAACUACAAGAACAGUAUCGCAAACGGUUGUUUCUUCAACAUUGGUGCCAGACUAGCCCGGUACACCAGGAACCAAACGUAUGCCGAUUGGGCUGAGAAGACCUGGGACUGGAUGACAUCCGUUGGUUUUAUCGAUGCCGACUACAACAUUUACGAUGGUGGUCACGUUGAGCAGAAUUGUACCGAUAUCAACAAAGCCCAGUUCUCUUACAACAACGGCGUUUUCAUCCUCGGCGCUGCCAUGAUGUACAACUACACGGAUGGCGCCGCCGCGUGGAAGACACGCUUGGACGGUCUUAUCGAAGGAACUUUGAAAAUUUUCUUCCCCAACAACAUUGCAUUCGAGAUUGCUUGCGAGGAGCACAACACCUGCACAACCGAUAUGCUGAGUUUCAAGGGCUAUGUCGCUCGAUGGAUGUCGGUCACGACGCAGAUUGCACCCUACACUGCCGACAAAAUUCUCCCAGUUCUCAAGACGUCGGCAGACGCGGCUAUCAAGCAGUGCACAGGGCAGGACAACCAACGAACGUGUGGCUUCAAAUGGAGCUCCGGCGUGUACGACGGCACCAAGGGAGCCGGUCAACAGAUGAACGUGCUCGGCGCCGUAUCAUCUCUGCUCAUCGGCAAUGUCAAGGCACCAGUAACAAACACCACUGGUGGUAUCUCCAAGGGAGACCCCAACGCCGGUAGUCACUCGGACAAUCUACUCGGCACAGAAACGCCAGUCACAACGGCAGAUAAGGCCGGCGCGGGCAUCCUGACCUUCUUGGUUCUGGGAUGUGCGGCCGGUACGUUUGGCUGGAUGAGUUUCGGAGCGUAAAGGGGUUGAUGAGCGCAACAUAACGACUUGAAUUUUCUGCGUCAUUUUCUUGAAAUGUAGCAGCACUACGGUCCUGCUCGCGAGUCAUACUCGCAAUAGGGAUAUACCGGCGUCGAGGCCAAGGACGGCCUGGGAUUGUAUUUACUUGGCGUUGACGAUUGUACAUUUGUCCUAAUUCGAACAUUGGGCACUGCGGUUGUUGGAUUUGGUUCCAUUCUUCACACUCCCCCUCGCGGUAGUAAUGGGCACUGGAUAGCUCACAAUGGUGAGGGGUCACUAUAGUCUAUAAUGUAGCUAUACUACGACACACAUAGGUUCCUAGAAUAGACUCUCAUGUCAAAAUGAA